UAUUACUAGCAAGAGUGUUUUAUUUUGUUCCAUUGUUAAUUUCCAAGGUUCUUUUUGUUUCUUUUUUUAUGUUUAUCAACCCUUUUCGGCUGUGAGUAGCAGGAGCUUCCAUUCUCCAAACUAUCGUCGAACCCCCCUUCCUUAUCUAGUUAGGACCUGAUAACCUGGUAUUCCUCAAGCACCUGAAACUGGCAGCUAUUCUCUUUGUGUCUGUGUGUUUGGGGAGCUCUGUGACCACAGCUUAAGCACCACUCAGCCUUCUAGUCACCUAAGCCUAACUAAAGCCAGCCAGCUCUAGCCUGGUCCAGCUCAGUCCAGCCUGCUCCGAUCAUCUGGACAGGAUACUCAGUUCUGUGUGGACGUGAGGAAUAUGACUGCUGAGACUCUUAACUUCGGCCCAGAAUGGCUCCGUGCACUGUCCAGUGGGGGGAGUGUGACGUCCCCCCCUCCUUCCCCCGCCAUGCCAAAGUACAAGCUGGCCGAGUACCGCUACGGCCGAGAGGAGAUGUUAGCACUUUAUAUCAAAGACAACAAGGUCCCAGAGGACAUGCAGGAUAAGGAGUUUGCUGCUAUUCUGCAAGAUGAGCCCAUGCAGCCACUGGCACUGGUGCCUCUCACUGAGGAGGAGCAGAGGAACUUCUCCAUGUCUGUGAACAGUGUGGCGGUGCUGAGGCUCAUGGGAAAAGGGGUGGGCGGGGCCGCCCCAGCUGGAGUGGUCCGAGGACGAGGGGCCACACGAGGCGGUCGAGGUAGAGGUCGUGGCGAAGGUGGAUUCUACCAAAGAAGUAUUGAAGAUGCGGAGGUGGGUUUCGGCCGCAGCGUCCGAGAGAUACACCGCAGCCAGAGCUGGGAUGACCGGGGUGAGCGUCGAUUUGAGAAGCCGCUGCGGCGGGAGGUGGGGCGUCCUGGCUUUGAAGAGACUGGCGGUCCCGCGGGUCCAGGGAGGAAGGAGCACACAAGGGCUGACAGCGAUAACUGGCGCAUCCUCCGGGAGGAGCAGGAGGAGGAGGAGGGGGCGGAGCCGGGCACCAACUGGAGACUUGCUGGACCCCGCAGGGAUGAUGGUGGUCCUCGCUCAGCAGGCUGGCGGGACCAUACCGGUCCAGGUGAGAGUCGUCGGAGGAAGUUUGAUUUCGAUUUCCGGGACUCUGACGGCCACGGUGGUGGCCGCCGACGUGCGGGCAGCGAGGGACUCGAGGACGACAGGGAUGGCCUACCUGAGUGGUGUACAGAUGAGGAGGACGGGGAGAUGGGCACGUUUGACUCUUCUGGAGCUUUCAUGUCCAUAAAGAAGGGUGGCAAGGAGACAAUCCUGGAGGAGGAGUUGGAGUUUAAGGGCAUAGAGGAGGAGGACGAAGAGGAAAGCUUUGCUGACAUCGAGGGGAACAGUGCUGAAGUAGACAAAGACAAAGAGAGUAAAGACGCUGGCUCUGCUGGAGGGGAUGGCGAGACGAAGCCAGCGUCCCCCUCCUCGUCUCCUCCAGCCCUCCUGCACUGUACCCCUCCAUCCCUGGAGUCCCGGCCCAACAACGCUGGCCCAGCGGUGGACAUCCCUCAGCUGAACAACAGCCACCCUGUCAAGGCCAGCAGCACGCCCAGUGAAGACAUGGCUCCAGUAGGGGGCUCUAAGGCCCAGCUGAGCCCCAGUGCCCCCGCCUCCUCCAGUCUGCCUCCCCCGCCCCCUUCCUCUGCUGCUCCUCUCCUCCCUCCACCUGGAGGAGACGCAGAGGACGAUGAGGGCAUGAAGCACCUGCAGCAGGAGGCAGAGAAGAUGGUGGCAUCACUGCAGGACACUUCUUUGGAGGAGGAGUGUUUCACCCAGGCUCUGCAGCAGCAGCAGGAGAGCAGGAACACUGCCGCCGCUCUGCCGCUGUCACAUGAAGCUGCCAUGAAGUGGUUCUACAAAGACCCACAGGGAGAGAUCCAGGGUCCGUUCACCACGGUGGAGAUGUGUGAGUGGUUCCAGGCCGGCUACUUCACCAUGACCCUGUUGGUGAAGCGGGGCUGCGACGAGGGCUUCCAGCCCCUGGGGGAUGUCAUCAAGAUGUGGGGCCGCGUGCCGUUCGCCCCGGGGCCCUCCCCGCCGCCCCUGCUGGUGAGACAGCCACCACCAACGCAGCGCCCGCAGCCCACCCGGGGGCCCGCUGGGACUGGAAACCUGGACCAGGACCGCCUGAAAAAGCAACAGGAGCUUGCAGCUCUUUAUCAACAGCUCCAACAGCAGCAGCUAUUCCAGCUCAUUAACAGGUGCAGUGAGCAGGGUAUGAUGCCUUCGAUGAACAGAUCGAUGUCAGUGCCAGAUACAGGGUCCAUGUGGGACAUGCAUACCUCAGCUUCACAGCCGUCAGGCGGUGAAGCCAGUCUUUGGGACAUAACAAUGAAUCCUUCUACUCAGGGUCCAACUCUCGAACAGCUUCAAAAGCUCCAGCAGGAGAGGCGAGACGCUGAACUCAGGGCGAAGCGUGAAGAGGAGGAGCAGCGUAAGAGGAGGGAGGAGAAGAGGAGGCAACAGGAGGAGCAGAAGAGAAGGGAGGAGGAGGAGCUCUUCAGACGCAAGCAGUGUCGUCAGCAGCAGGAACUGAUCAUGAAGUUGCUGCAGCAGGCCCCCCAGCAGCAGGGUCCUGGGGCAGGCAGCUCGGGCUGGAGCGGAGCUCCCUCCUCUGGGCUAUCCAAGGCAGGAAAGCCUGCGGCUCUGGCUCUGCUGGAAAUGCAGCAGGAGGCAGAGAGGCUCCUGAAGCAGCAGCAGCAACAGAGAGCCCAGCAGCAGAGAGACCGCCACUCCGGCAUGCCGAUGGGGAGCUCCUCCAUGGGAGGUCAGUGGGUGGAUGGUGUCGGCAUGUGGGGCGGGCCUGGAGGAAUGGAGGGGAAGGGGGGCAGUGGAAGCUCUUCAGGCAGCAUGGGCAUGUGGGAUGAGGCUGUGAAGAACCAGGCCGGCCUGCGUGGCAACAGCAACAACAACAUGGGCUUGAAGAACAGCCGCAGCAGCCCUUCACUCAGUGAUCAGUACAUGAUGCGUCGCAAGCGAACUGAUGAAGAGGAGAAGCUGCUGAAGCUGCUGCAGGGCAUGAAGCCUCAGGACGGCUUCACUACCUGGUGUGAACAGAUGCUGCACGCUCUCAACACCUCUGCCAACAACUCCUCCUCCUCUCUGGAUGUUGCCACUAUUGUGGCAUACCUGAAGGAGGUGGAGUCUCCCUAUGCAGUACUGGACUUCAUCCGGUCCUACCUAGGGGACACAGUGGAAGCCAAAGAGUUCGCCAAACAGUUUCUGGAGCGACGUGCCAAACAGAAAGCCAACCAACAGAGACAGCAGCAGCAGUUAUCAAAGGAAGUGGCUGGACUGAACAUGAACUUCCCUCUGCAGGACUCAAUGCGAGGUAUGAAUCCAAGCACCCUGCAGUCCAUGUUUCAAGCCAACCACAUGGGCAAGGCUGGUCUCUAUGACAACCAGGGGGGAAAGAUGAAGAAGAAACAGCCCAUGAUGCUGCACUCUGACCCCAGCAUCUUAGGGUACUCAUUCCACAACACGGGCGAGUGUCUGAGCCUGAAUGAGAUGGAGAUGGUGGAGGAUUACUGAUGUGACGCAGCGCAGCAGCAAUAGCUACCUGAGGCCUUCUGUCUUUUAAUCAGACAAACCUGAUGACGAAUGUGCACUGCUGGGGGAACCAGGGGGUGGGG